AUGAUGAAAAAAAGUAAAGGUCGUCAAAAAACAAAAAUGGUCAAAAUGGAUAAAGAAAAUAACCUUCAAGUUACGUUUUCUAAAAGAAAAAAUGGUCUUUUCAAAAAGGCUUGUGAGCUUUGCACACUUUGUGAUGCUGAGAUCGCUGUUUUUGUGUUUUCACCUAGUGGAAAAGUUUAUUCUUUUGGUCAUCUAGAUGUAGAAACUAUAAUAAAUCGUUUCGAAGGCAUUGAAAAUCCACCUCUGAACCCACAACCCAACAUGCAACUUGAUGAAAUCCAUCGAAACUCUCCGAUUCAAGAUCUGAACAAUGAUCUUACUGAGCUGAUGAACCAACUAGAAUUAGAGCAAAAAAAGACUGAAGACUUGAAGAACAAAAGAAAAAAUUCCAAAGUCCCUGAGAUUUGGUUGAAAGAUUCCAUUGGAGGACUUGACUUAGGUCAAGCCAAAGAAUUCAAAGGUAAACUUGAAAAUCUGAAGAAACAAGUGAGACAUGAAGCUUUCAAAAUGUUGGAAGGAAGAUAUCCUCAUCCAAGUUUCUAUGUGGGAAGCUCUAGUAAUGCUCUUUUUGGGGUUGAUGGUGGUAUUAAUAUCAAUCCAAAUAUGAACCUGUUUGAUCAAAGAAGAAUGGUGAACAUGAAUAAUUUCUACAACCAUAACAUGGCUCUCCCCAAUCAUCCAUUACCAUUUGGAAACUACGGUCAUGCUGAGGGAUUUGUUCCGGGAUACAAUUACAUACCAGAGCCUAAUCCAACUGGAAACCAAAACCCGAGUUCCAAAGAAGAAAAUGAAGCUGGAAAUGAACAUCAUCAUGAUGGCCAUUCUCCUGACCCUAGAUCUGAUUAAUAUUAAUGAUUUCUGAUG